CCCCGCGCUCUGAGCCGCCGGGAGCGGAGCUGCGAGGCCGGCGCUGCGGGCACUGCGGCGGCGCAGGGGCGGGCCGCGGAGCCCCGCUGCCGGCAGCCGGCUCCCUCGGCACCCUCUCCGCGGCGCGCACACCCAGACAGGCGCACACACGGCGGAACCCGCCCCUUCUCCCCGCCGCCCUUCUCAUCUCCGUCCAUGGCGCUGAGGACGGCAGCCCCCCGCUCCGCACGUGGCGGUGGGGCCGCUCGACGCGGGCAUGGACCACGGUGACUUCCCCGGCCCCGGGGCGGCGGCGGCGGGCGCUGAAACCUCAGACCUAAUGGAAACUGGGGGCGAUGCCAGAUCGGCACCUCGGCGGGGAGGCAGAGGAGGAGGAGGCGGCGGCGGCAGCGGCAGCGGCCGUGGCGGGUUUCCAGCGACUGCCGAGCCCAGCAAUCCCCCGGCUGCGGAGACGAGCAUGAAUAUUGAUAGGCCCGCCGGUGGCGGGGCGGCCGCUGCUGCAGUGCCCCGAGCCCCGGGAGCACCUGCCCCGCCGCUCCGCGCCCCCUGCUCCAGGGAUCCCAAAAUGGUCCAUCAGCGGUUCCUGCGGAGGAGCGUGGUGGACUCGGACCAGGAGGAACCUGCGUUUGACCUUCCCGAGUCAGAGCAUCAGCGGAAAAUUAUCUUGCUCCCUAAAACAAGGAGGAUAAUUGCGGAGAGGGCAAAGGCCGGGCAGGGGGCUGUGGAGAAGGUGUGCCUGGAGGCUGAGCCUUCCGGGGAGCUGAAGGCAGCGCCGGCCCCUGAGGAACAGAAGGAAGCUGGCAAAGAUGUGGAGAGGAAAGAGGUGUUGGAUGCUUCCAAAGAUCAGAGCAAGGCUAAGAAAGAGGAGCCUGAGGAGGAGGCUGAUAUGAAAGCGGUUGCCACUUCGCUGGAUGGCAGGUUCCUAAAGUUCGAUAUUGAACUUGGAAGGGGAUCCUUCAAAACGGUCUAUAAGGGCCUGGACACAGAGACGUGGGUGGAAGUUGCGUGGUGUGAGCUUCAGGACAGGAAGCUGACCAAAGUAGAGAGGCAGAGGUUUAAAGAGGAGGCAGAAAUGCUGAAAGGUCUGCAGCAUCCCAACAUUGUGAGAUUCUACGACUUCUGGGAAUCCUGUGCGAAAGGCAAAAGAUGCAUCGUGCUGGUUACCGAGCUGAUGACCUCUGGAACGCUGAAGACGUAUCUGAAGAGGUUCAAAGUGAUGAAGCCAAAAGUCCUGCGUAGUUGGUGCCGGCAAAUCCUGAAGGGUCUUCUCUUCUUGCACACGAGAACUCCACCAAUAAUUCACAGAGACUUGAAGUGUGACAAUAUCUUCAUUACUGGACCAACUGGAUCUGUGAAAAUAGGAGACUUAGGGCUGGCAACCCUCAAGAGAGCUUCGUUUGCCAAGAGUGUGAUAGGUACACCAGAAUUUAUGGCUCCAGAAAUGUAUGAGGAACACUACGAUGAAUCUGUGGAUGUCUAUGCUUUUGGAAUGUGCAUGUUGGAAAUGGCUACCUCAGAAUACCCUUACUCAGAAUGCCAGAAUGCUGCUCAAAUCUACCGGAAAGUAACCUGUGGUAUAAAGCCAGCAAGCUUUGAGAAAGUUACUGAUCCUGAAAUCAAGGAGAUCAUUGGGGAGUGCAUUUGCAAAAAUAAAGAAGAAAGAUAUGAAAUUAAAGAUUUACUAAGCCAUGCCUUUUUUGCUGAAGAUACUGGGGUAAGAGUGGAACUAGCAGAAGAAGACCAUGGUAGGAAAUCCUCUAUUGCCUUAAGACUCUGGGUAGAAGAUCCUAAGAAACUGAAAGGAAAACCCAAAGAUAAUGGAGCCAUUGAGUUUACUUUUGAUCUGGAGAAGGAAACUCCUGAUGAUGUUGCACAAGAAAUGAUCGACUCUGGAUUCUUUCAUGAGAAUGAUCUCAAGAUAGUUGCCAAGUCCAUACGGGACAGAGUCGCCUUGAUACUGUGGAGGAGAGAGAGGAUUUGGCCUAGGAUGCAGUCAGAGGAGCGCCGGGACUCCGAAUGCCUGGAGAAGCUGAAGCUGCCGCAGGCGCAGCAGGUCCAGGUCACCUACCUUUCCCACACUGGCCACCACAUCCUGUCGGAGUCGGAGGAGCCCGAGGCAGACCAGCAUCCCUUCCAGCAGAACCUGCCCGCCAGCGUCACCUCUGUGGCAUCUGACAGCACAUUUGACAGUGGCCAGGGGUCCACUGUUUAUUCAGACUCCCAAAGCAGCCAGCAAAGCGUCAUCUACUCGUCUCUGCCUGAUCCAGUCCCUCCUGCUAUCCAGCGGGUGUAUAGCCCACCUCUGAGCGAGAGCCAGCCUGUGCCCCAUAGCCUCCCGCAGCUGGGGCACUACCAGCAGCCCUCAGGACCUGGCCUCCCUGCCGUUCCAGCUGCGCCCGCCGUGGUGUCCCAGCGGCCCCAGCACUACCAGGAGCCGGCGAUGCCCUUCCCAGUUGUCCAGCCCACGACUGUCGCCUCGCUGCAGUUGGGGCAGCCGCAGCCAGUGCUGGCAGGCCAGCAGCAGCAACCCAUAUCACAGCAAGCUUCUCUGCAGCAGGUGCUUGCCAGCCAGCCGGUUUGCCCAAUCCAGCCUGCAACCCAUCUGCUACCCCAGUACCAACCCCAGACCUCUCAGGUGGCAGCUAGCAGUACCCCACUGAAACCCCUGCAGAUAUCAACUGUGCCACCUCAGCUUCCGCCAGUGGCUCCUUCCCAGAUCCCUCAGUUUCCCGUCAUUCCUGCGAUUACUCCUCUGGCAGGACUCGACAGCCUUCCUCCAAACCUCUCCGAUAUGCCUGCUGCGAACGUGCCCCCCAUACCUGCGCCUUCCCAGUAUUUCGCUCCAGCCGUGAUCUUGCCCAGCCUCCCCAUGAACCCUGCCCUGCCCAUGGCGCCCAACUCCCCUGCCCUGCCCAUGCAGGCAGUCAAUCUCCCUCACACCACCGUGGCUUCUCUGGUCUUGCCCUGCCAAACCAUAGUGCCAAACAUGUCGGCCGCCACCAUACCGCUGCUCGCCGUGGCUCCGCCGGGGGUGCCAGCGCUGCCGCCACACCACGGGGUGCCCCAGCUGCCCCAGCAGCAGAUGUACCAGCCCACCUUCCAGCAGAUGAUGCCGGGCGACGCGCCCUCCCCGCACCACGCACAGAGCGCGCCGGCGGUGUCCCAGCCGCAGCAGCCUGCGCCACAGCAGCCGCUUCAGCCCAGCGCCAUCCACCCCUCGGAGCAGGCUCUGGCUGCGCCAGGGGCUGGCCACCAGCAGAUGACUGGACACUCUCAGUAUGCUCUGGAAGCUGGAGCCCAGGUGCCCGUGCUGCCUGUGCAACCUUCGCUAGUCAUGUCACCGCCUUUGCAGCUGCAGCCCGAACUGCUGCCUCCCCGCGGCGCUCCAGAAGGCAUUUCACAGCUCCAUGGCAGCCUUGCUGCAGCUAGUCCACCUGUGCCCAUAGAGCACUGCCUGCCUCUCCAGCCUUCUGGUCUGCUGCAGCUCCAGCCCGAGCUUCCCCAGCCGCUGGGCCAGCAGCCCCCAGCUCCCUGCUCAGCUGUCCAGGCAGUCACAGAGACAUCUCAAGAGGAGCAGGCAAUGCAAGACAAACUCCAGACUCUGUCACAGAGCUGUGAAAGCUACGUGAGUGCAGAUGUUGCUUCGGGUAAAGAGAUGAGCGACAGCUUGGAAGGAGCCCUGGGAGGCGGAAAGCCAGAAGGGAAGUCUGCAAAGAAACACAAGAAAUCCACGCGCGCUCGUUCGCGCCAGGAGAAGUCCAGCAGGCCCAAACUGACCAUUCUAAAUGUGUGUAACACAGGAGAUAAGAUGGUAGAGUGCCAGCUUGAAACACACAAUCACAAGAUGGUGACUUUCAAGUUUGAUUUGGAUGGCGACGCGCCGGAAGAAAUCGCUACCUACAUGGUAGAGAAUGAGUUCAUACUGCAGAGCGAAAAGGAGACCUUCAUUGAACAAAUGAAAGAUAUCAUUGACAAAGCAGAAGAUAUGCUGAGCGAAGACACAGAGGGAGAACGGAGCUCUGAUCAGGGAACCAGUCCCCAACAAGAUACUGAUAGACUGGAAAUGAAUGAGGACAAGCGACAGUCUCAAAUGAAGACACCUGUGUAUCAACAGAAUGUCUUGCAUACUGGGAAAAGGUGGUUUAUUAUAUGUCCUGUUGUGGAAAACACUACUACUGAUGCACCAGAAUUUUCUCCUCCGGUACCUCAGAGCACACAGCAGUCAGAAGGGCCAGACCUGGAGCAGUCGGAUGAUCAGCAGGCGAGCUCUGUGCCGACGGACCCGCCCGGUGUCUUGGCUGCUCAGCAGCUUCCCCUGCAAGCAGGCGUAUGUGACAGCCCCAUGGGAGCCUCUCCGCCUCUGGCACAAGCUCCUGCCGCAGCAUCUUCCGCCGGCUUACCGAGCCAGGUGGAGUUCCCAGCUCCGGCACCUCCGGGAUCCGCUCCGACCGUGCUGGAGCCGGCGGCUGCUGGCGGCGGCCCGGCGGAGCAUUCUCCGCUGGCGGCGGCGCUGCCCGCUCAGCCGCCCGCGCCCCGUGCUGCCUUGCUGGAGGAGCUUUGCGACGCUCCCCCCGCUCCUCAGCACCGGCAGCUGCCGGCCGAUGAGGCCUCCUGUGUCCCUGCCGUGGAGAUCGCGUGUUGCAGCGUCGGGCCGCACACGGCAGCGCCGGCGGCUCCUGCGGCGGCGGCGGAGCCCUGCCCGCUCCCCGCGCUCCCGGACGCCGUGGUGCUGGAGCGGCAGCCCGCGGCGCAGGGCCCUCACCUGCCGGAGGGCGGCCAGCCCGGCGCGGUGCAGCACGCCUUCGUCGGCCAAGCCUUCCCCGCGGCCGCCGUGCCCGAGCCCCGCGCUCUGGCAGCGUCUCAGCUGCAGAGCCCUACGCAGGUGCCGGCGGCCGCAGCCCAGCAGCAGGCGAUGCUGCCCCAGGCGCAGCCCGCAGCCUGUGCCGCCGCGGGGAUCGGCCUGCUGCAGCAGCAGCAGCAGCCGCCGCCCACCACCGCCGAGUCCGACGGAGAGGGCCCCCCCAGGGUGGACUUCGUUGACAACACGAUAAAAAGCCUUGAUGAGAAAUUGCGCAAUUUACUUUACCAGGAAUACGUUCCCACUUCUUCUGCAUCAGCAGGGACUCCAGACACCUCUGUCCCGUUAGAACAGGGCGACAGUGAGUUUCACUUGCCGCCUUUUCCUGAAGAUCAAGUUCCCACGUUGGCGCUGGAUUUGAGAGAAGCAGGCCAUAGUGUUGCAGAUACCAGCCAGGAGGUGAAAGCUGCUGCCGAGGCCCAGUCGGCGCCACUCAUACCAUCUGAGAUCUCGCCCCACCCAACACUGUUUGAAGCCUCAGAGGUCACUGGCGGCGCUGCUCGUUCCUCAGAAGCGAGAGGUGGGUCAGCAAGCAGAAAAGGUUCAGCUGCAAGCAUCACUUCAGCUCCUGCUGCUACAACAAAAGGCCUCCUUCAGGUUGCAGCUACAUCACCGAGCAUAACUAAACAGAUGGGAACUUCUAAAAGGAGCGAGAAGGCAGAGACUGCGACUUCGUCUGCACACACAGAUAAUGCAAUGCAGACACCUACAGCAGAUGGGGUGAUAAAUAACCUUCAAAGGGAUGGCUCUCUAGACUCUGGUUCCUAUGGAAAACAGGCUGAAACUCAUGAGAGUGGAACACCAGCCAAAACGAUUGGCAGGUUUUCAGUGAUCAGCACGCAGGAUGAAUUAACUUUAACGGCACCGCACUGCUUGCGCUUCUCGGCACCCCCAGAUGUCUAUCUGGACGAGCUCCCUUCCAGCCCAGAUCUGAAGACAGCUGUCCGGCGGGUGCAGACAGCCUCUUCUGUGGAUGUGCUCUGUGACCAGGGUUCAAGUGAUUCUGCUGAGGAGCCUUUCCACCGGCAGCCAGCCGCCGCUGCCCAGCUGUCCCCCCCGAGCAGUAGUGCGGCCACCGACUUAAUCAAGAAAGCAGCUGCUUUCCUGCAGAGGUCUGGCAAAGCUGGCUCGGCAGCCCCCGAGUCACCCAGCGGGCAGGGAGCCAAAAUCCCCACCAUCAACAUCACCUCCUUCCACUCGCAGUCGUCCUACAUGAGCAGCGACAACGACUCGGAGUUCGAAGACGCAGAUAUGAAGAAGGAGCUGCAGAACCUGAGAGAAAAGCAUAUGAAAGAAAUUGCUGAGCUUCAGACUCAGCAGAAGAACGAGAUUGAGGCGCUGUACAUCCGCCUGGGGAAGCCUCUUCCUCCCAACCUGGGCUUCCUCCACUCGGCACCACCCAGCGGCCGCCGGCGCAGAACCAGCAAAAAUAAGUUGAAAGGUGGAAAACUCUUAAACCCUCUGGUCCAGCAGCUCAGGAGUGGAACAUCAAGCACAAGUAAUGUUUCAGACUCUAAAGACUCACCCCACAAAGAAACAGCUAAAGCUCAGCCUGGAUCUCCCGAAGCAGCAGCAGCAGCAGUAACAUCCCCUGCCUCGGCCACCUUCGGGAAGGCUGUUCAGACACAGCAGCCCUGCUCUGUCAAAGCCUCCUUGUCUUCUGACAUCUGCUCCGGCUUAGGCCCCGAAGGAGGUGAUGUGAACGCAAGCUCUGGCCAAGGCUGGACGGUUUUCCACCAAACGUCUGAGAGAGUGACCUAUAAAUCUAGUAGCAAACCUCGUACCAGAUUCCUCAGUGGACCUGUGUCUUUGUCCAUCUGGUCCACCUUGAAACGACUAUGUCUAGGCAAAGAUCACAGUAGUAGAUCCUCCACAAACAGUCUUGUAACGUGUCCUGAGCCCCUCCCGCAAUCAGCCCUGCAGGUUCAGGCCAACAACAGUAACAACAAGAAAGGGACCUUCACAGAUGAUCUUCACAAGCUGGUUGACCAGUGGACAAGCAAAACUGUUGGAGCUGCACAGACAAAGCCUUCCUUAAACCAACUGAAGCAGAACCAAAAAAGGCAAGACAUGGAGCCCAAAGCUAACCCCAUGCAAACACAGAGUGAGACAUCUGGAGUUAAUUCAGUAAGAACGGGCCUGGGGAAAAAGGGCGUUGUUCCGGUGUCCUGCCCCAUGCCCGCUGCGUUAGCUCCAGGAGCCUCGCCGUCCCUGCCAGUGCCUAUGCCAGGGCCUGCCCUCUCUGGCACAGUGACACCUUACGUGAUGCCUCUCUGUCAGUACGGAGGAGUUUUCCCGAUGGCCGUUUACGGAGUGCAGUGGCCGGGGCCGGCCGUGCCGCCCGGGCUGAUCCGCGCCCCGAGCAUCGGCCGCUUCUCGCCGCUGGGCAAAACCUGCCUGCAGCUGUACCCGGGGCCGCUGCAGCGCCCUGCCGCCGAGCCGCCGGGGCCGCGCCUCCGCAUGACGUAGCUGGGCGGCGGGACCGCGCUGGCAGCCGCAGUGCUCCGGGUGCAGGUGCCGCCCGAUGUGUAGGUCCCGCACGAUGGGCAGGUGGAGCGGGCGGGGGUCGGGUCAGCCUGUUGGCAUUACACAGCCAUACUCUGCAUCCAACGAUCACUGUGAGAUGGUUCCACACGAGAAGGUCUGUCCGGCCUGGCAAUAGCUGCUUGUAUUCCGUUGCUGAAGACACUUUAUUCCUUGUGUUCUGACGUUUUUACACUUGCGACCCUUAAAGUCGGUGUACUUGAAUUGAUGACUAGCAAAUUGUACUAACCCUGCGGGAGUACAGUGCCUUGAACUUCAGCUUUUCAGUUGCAGCUGGAAAGACGUGUAACAUUCUCUGGAAGGUGUGUUUUAGUUGCAAUCUGCUUGUGAGUGGAAGCUCUUUUUAUUUUCAAAGCUGUGGGAGGUUCCUAGCCGGCAUGCAUCGGUUUUACCCUGCUGUAAACGCUUUGAUCCCAAUGCACAGGUUGAAUUUCGUUUCUGAUGCUUUGUUAAAGCAAAAACCCACUUGUGAGGUGAGGUUUGUCCGAGAUGUUGGUCACACAAUUGUGCUGGUACAAGGAGCAGUGAGAUGCAUGCUUGAAAACUGGAGCAUUUCCAGAGUGGUGCAAGGAUGUUGUGCAUAAGGACAGAUGAUGGCUUUGGGCAGUGCAAUCCAUUCUCUUCCCCAGUCUUUGGUUGAAGUGGUUGUAGCUGGCAGCUUUCUCCAACAGGCAGGCAAAUACUGUUUUCUUCUGGGUCAGCAGCAAACUGGAUUUUGUUGUCUUUCCCCUACUGGACUUUGAUAAUUCAGUUCAAUUACGAAUUCAUGCAUGUUUCCUAAGUGCAGAAAUGUAACUGAGAUCUCAGCUGUAGAAGAACAGGUCUCCAGGUUACUGUAAGACCCAUCUUAAAUACAGCACUUGGUGUGUUCUGGCUUCGCUCCGGCCACCGAGGUUAAGAAUGGUGAUUUGCCACUGACCUGCCAGCAGUAUUCAUGCUGAAACAGAGGAGGGAAAAAAACCAACCCAGAAGCUAUUCUUCUUCAUAUCUGAUACUUGAGGUUUGGAGUCUGAGCAUCUUUUGUUUGAAAACUCUUCUUCUUCUAAAUUGUGUUAAUUUGUUUUUAAGCGAAGUUUGCGCUCCCGGUGGCACGGACACCUCUCUGCUGGUGGCAAGUUGCUUUUUGCCCGUUUUGCCGUGUGUAGAGUCUCUCCACCUGCACCUCUCAGUCUAAAGGCACCAAGAUAGCCACUCACACUGGGUUGCUGAUGGUAAGUCUCCUUCCCCUGGAAAGCACUGAGGGAGAGCGUUCCCAGGCAGAGGCCAUGAAGCGUGCGGGCGCAUCCGAAGGCACGUUGCUCCGAUCUCUCCUGCCAUGGCAUUUUAUCCUGCCUGCUGACGGGCAGGGAUGUGCUGCCAAGCUGUGAAUUGUAUAGUUCUAUUGUACUUUGAGCAUUCUAUCUGUCUUAAAUUAUUUCGUUUGUACCCUUUGAAUAUAUUAUUCCAUCAAUUCAGUUAGAAUUGAAUUUUAUAGACUAUUAUGCAGAGUCUUCUGCCUGGGCAAAAUACUUACUGUAGUAAGAGAUUUCUGUUCUCUGUAACAUGUAUCUUUAAUUUGUUUGGGUUUUCUAGAUUCAUGUCUGUAUGCUUCAUGAGCAAACAUGGAAAAUAUGUUCUCACACCACUUUCCCUUCGGCUCGCACUUGAACCUUACAGUUUAUGUUGCUGUUGCCUGUUGUAUAGCCCAUCCCUUGUAUACUGACAAAGUCAGUGGCACCAAGAACCCCGGGAAAUUGUACAGACUACAAAGAAGAAAAAUAAACAUUUUUGUGCUUGAAAA